AUGACCAUCAACAAAAACCGAAAAGCUGCCCACGGCAAGAGAAUAUCGAUCUUUGAAGAGGCUUCCUCCCAGGGGGUGUCCAUGAGGGUUUCAGAAUGUAUCGAAGGGCUUGGGCUCGUUGUACGAAUACUAUCCAGUUACCCCACUACAGAUCGAGGCCGCAUCGCUUGCAUAACGCUGGAAAGGACUUCCCCGGUUGCGUAA